AUGAAUAAUAAUGAAAAAGUCGAACUUAUAUUAAUUUUUGGAGAAUGUAAUCGUAGUUUUCGACAAGCAGCUCGAGUAUACGCAGAUCGGUAUCCAGAUAGGUUUCACCCAAAUCAUAAUUAUGUCCAUAGACUUCUUCGUGGAUUAAAUGAAAACGGUCAAUUUCCUAAUAAUCCAAAUAGACAACGGCAGCCUAGACCAAAUGAUUUUGAUGAAGACACUGAAUUACAGCCAGCGCACAACGCCAUCAUUGUUCGACAACAUUUAAAUGAAAUUUUUCCUAACAGAUGGAUUGGUACCCACGGAGUAAUUCCAUGGCCGGCAAGAUCUCCAGACUUGACCCCCUUGGAUUAUUUUUUAUGGGGGCAUUUAAAAAAUAUUGUAUAUGCGGACCCACCUAUUUAUGUCCUAGAUUUAAAAAAUAAAAUACGACUGUCUUGUAAUAAUAUAGGAGAAGAACAAAUAAAUGCUAGCACAUCAAGGGAAUUUCUAAAACGUUUGGAAUCAUGUUUGGAACAUCAAGGUGGAAACUUCGAACAAUUUAUUAGAUAG